AAAAUCGAAAUCGAAUUGACACCCUUACCCUAUUCUGUAUUAGGUAAGCGAUCCCGAAUAAGAGGAGGGUCGGAAUUAAGAUGGAAGGAAUCCUGAUUUAAGAGAGAGAUGUACGGCUUCACAAGCGUUAGGAAAGAAGACUUAUAGAGGAGCAGACGCUGUACCCUACAGAGUUCAUGAACGAGCUUCGAUGGGGUUUUAUACGGAAGGUGUAUGUUAUCCUUGCUGCCCAGAUCGUCUUCACCAUCAUCGUCUCUUCUCUGACUAUCUUGUACUCUCCGAUCAAUCAACUCGUCGGGGCUAUCUCCGGCCUGUUCUUCGUCUUUGCGUGCUUGCCCUUAAUUCUUUUUUGGCCCUUGUACAUUUAUCACCAGAAACAUCCAUUGAACUUCAUCUUCCUUGGGCUGUUCGCUGCAUCUCUCAGUAUCUCUGUGGAAGUAGAAUGUGCAAAUAUAGAAGGAAAAGUGGUUCUUGAAGCAUUAAUUUUAACAUCAUCUGUGGUUUCUACCUUGACUUGUUACACUUUCUGGGCUUCAAGGAAGAGAAAUCAAGAUUUCAAUUAUCUUGAACCAAUCUUAUUUUCAAGCCUUGUUGUUCUUGUCCUUCUCUACUUUUUAUCCCUUAUAAUGCAGAUGUUCUUCCCUUCACUUGGGCUAACAUUAUCAGUUCCAGUUUAUAAUGGUGCCCUUGGAGCUAUGGUUUUCUCAGGCUACAUUAUUUAUCACACAGACAACUUGAUAAAGCGCUCCACUUAUGAACAGUACAUAUUGGCUUCUGCAUUACUGUAUUGGGAUAUUGUUUAUUUGUCCCUCUCCAUCUUGAGGGUGCUCAAGGGUAUAUAUGCUAUGUCUGAUGGUGGUGCACCUCUCCAUAGAGCCUGAGGGACGAGGUCACCUCAGCUGUGAGAUCACUCUCUGUCCUGAGCUCUAUCGAGAGGAAUAAGAACAAUAAGGGAUCAUUUCAAAAGGGGUAAGAGAGACCAUGUAGCUGUCCCCGGAUAUUAUAGACACAAGGCUGACAUUAGUAGCUCCAGUAUGCUGGUUAGUAGAGCUGCAUUUGUGUUCUUUCUUGCAAACAUAUUGUUAGUUACUUUAAGAAGAGAGAGAAUGCAAAGAUUGCAUUU